AUGUCCUCUGGCGGCGAGCGAAAAGUCUCGGGCUCCCUGAACCGCAGCACCAGGGGCACCACUCCACGCCUUGCUGAUCUUGGAGAGUCACCACGAACACCGCUCCUACGAACCAUCUCAUCCACCUUCGGCUCGCCCGGUGGCUCCUUCCGCACCGAAGACGAGUAUGUCGUCAUAGAAGUCGGCUCGCGAUUUGUACGCUGCGGCUUUCCUGGCGAAAGUGCCCCGCGAUGCACCCUCCCGUUUGGGCCCGACGACCAGCGCAGGGUGGGCGACUACAGGCAGUGGGAUCCCGAAUAUGCUCAGAGGAGAAGAAAGCAGAAGCGGCGUCAGGACUGGGGACAGGAACAUGAGCUCUACCGUAUGGACUUGAGCAAGGUCGAUUUGGGACUGGUCGAAGACAAGUUCGAACGAGCCAUGAGAGAGGCAUACGGCAAAUACUUUUUGUUGGACACAAAGCCACGUCGGGUUCUGCUUGCAAUGCCGCCCCGUAUGCCGCAUGCACUCAUGUCGACGGUCCUCGAUGUGCUGUUUACAAGCUUCCAGGCACCGAGCAUCACCCUCAUGUCCACUCCGGUACUAUCGACAGUGGCUGCAGGACUACGAUCCGCCUUGGUCGUGGACAUUGGAUGGGCCGAGACACUUGUCACUGCGGUAUACGAGUAUCGUGAGGUGUCAGAGAGACGCAGUGUCCGAGCAGGCAAGCUAUUGAGCGAGGAGAUGGCGAAGCUACUAAACACCGAGCUCGACGACGCUGAGCCUAGCGCUACCCAGGCAGACGUAUCCUUCGAAGAAGCAGAGGAAGUCCUCACGCGCGUCGGAUGGUGCAAGCCCGUCCCCAAAUCAAACCGAAGAACCGUUUACUUUCCCGCACGAGAAGCGCCUGUCCUAGAGGAGUUCGAAGACGCCGUCGAAUCACCGCCGCCUACCGUUACCAUACCCUUCCCAAAACACACACCACCUACCGAACUCACAAUCUCCUUCGCAUCACUAGCCAAACCCACCGAGAACGCUCUAUUCUCACCGGAGUUAGCCAUACACGAGUUCGACGAUGAAGACCUCCCACUGCAUCACCUCAUAUACCGCGCCCUUGUCCAGCUUUCCAUAGACGUCCGCCGACUAUGCAUGUCGCGCAUCGUAAUAACAGGCGGCGUAUCAAACCUACCCGGCCUCAAAACGCGCAUACUGAAAGAGUUGGAUGCUCUGGUACAACUCAAGGGUUGGGAUCCAGUGAAGAGCUAUGGGAAAGCAAGCGCACGUCGCGAGGAGAAGCUGCGAAACCAAAGGGAGGAUGUGGAGAUGCGCCGACAAGAGGGCGAAGAUAUGUUCCCGUCAUCGCUCGAUACAAAUGCGCCGCCUGCCCAAAUACCCGCAGCUCUCCAAUCGCCUCAAGAAGAUCCUAUAGAUACCAAAUUCGACCAGAUGGCGAUACGUCACGGUCCACCGCCUGCUAGCUUGGUUGGUGGCACCAUCAGAGGGGUGAAUACAUUGGGCCCCUGGGCAGGUGCGAGUUUGAUAGCACAGCAGCGCAUCAAGGGUAUCGUCGAAGUGGAGCGCGAGAAGUAUCUCAAAGAUGGUUUGCAAGGCGCGACCCGGGAAAAAGACGUCUCUGUCAUUGCGCAGAGGCAGAGCAUGGGCCCUGGACUGUCUAGCAAAGGUGGCGAGAGGGCUAGCUGGACUCUGGGUGUGUGGGCAUAG